UACUAAUCACGAGAUGAUUGCGAUAGAGGCGGAGCAGCCGGCGAUGCCGAAAGAACAGUUGCCGAAAACGGAGCCCACAACCUCGCAGAGAACAUUGACCAGAUCCAGCGCUGUGAGUCAGAAAUCCGUUGAAAUCACGGUCCACCCAGAGGGGUCCAAUAAUCCGCUGCAUCGGUCAAAGCUAGCGCCGACGAGGUCGUCUUCAGAGACGCAGUCUUCCGGGAAGAAAAUGUUGAAUCUUCGUAAGACGAAGAAUUCUUCUAUAGAGUCCACGAUGAGCCUGCCGAACCAGAAGUCUUUGGAGAAGAAGCACGGCAGUUUGAGGCACCAGAAGGCUAUCGGGGCUCACUCGGACAUCACUCUGAGCACGCAGCCGUCGAUCCAGGACGACAGGAAGGCGCUGAGGGAAGCGCUAUAUCAGGGUAUCUUUCAUAGGCAUAGGAGGACAAUAUUUGCCGUGGGAUCCUUCCUGAGGAUGCUGCGCAGCAAAACGUCCAACUAUGACUCGAUAAGGUCCGACUCGGACGAGAUAUAGCACCCGUAGGGUUAGUGACUGUUAAAUUUUUAUACUAAACUGGUGCCACAGACUGUAUGAUGUGCUUUUAUAGUUAAAGGAGAGAGUUACCAAGUAAAAUGUUAUUAGAUAUAGGUUAAGUAUUUUUAUUUGUAUUAAAAUGUUCCUAAUUAGUUGUGA